AUGGGGGGUCCCACUCCAUCCGUCAUUUCUCCUUUCCAACUUCGCUUUCCGAUUUCCUCUGCCUCCCUGACAGCUCUCCGCGCUCCUCCCCAAACCUUCCGUGAUACCGACCGUGGUGUUAGCAUGGCGACCAGUAGGAUAGCACUGCCUGCGACUGAAUUCCCCCUCCACGUGCCAGUGGGCAUCGGUGGGUACGCGGUGACGCUUGAGAUGAAGGACUACGAAGUCCUUCGCGACGAGAAGGCCGAGUUCACAGAACCUUGCUUCGACCUCGGCCUUGCGUACGAGCUCGAUCGUUUGGGAAAAGGCGACAGGAUGAUCCUGAUCCGCGGUGCGAGUCUUUGCGCUGCCAGGACGGCGUCGAAGGCGGACCAUCUGAUUUUCGGGUCGGCCUUCGGCUUCGAAGCCCUCGCCAUCCCCCUGUGCACCAGGCACUGCAGCGUCCUGCUUGUUGUGCGCCCUGGCGACCUGCUUUUGCCCGAUGAGGAGGAGAUCGGGACGUUCUACCGCCACCUCGACCCCAAAACCUCCUCCAAGCGGCACGAGGAGGAGGCAGCCAACGUUCUAAGGUUUUUCGGCGAAUGCGUGAAGGCGGAGUUGAACCGUGGGGGAAGGCAGUGGACGGCUGCGCCUCCUUCCGCCAAAGUCCUCUCCGAACGUCUGGAGAGUCUUGCCGCCCCCAUCCGUGAUGUGAGUUUCCAACGUCCAUGUCGCCUUGUCGCCUGGGCUAUCGUCGUCCAGGCGUCGACUCACCCUUUUCGUCGGCGCCAUGUGCUUCGGAUGUUGAUGCAGAAAUUGCCCGACAUCCUCAAGGAGGAGGUCGCCGGCACGGGGCUGUUGGCGGUCAACACGUUCGCGUGGUCGUUGGAGCAUCUGGACGACGUGCAUCGCAGCUACGAUCCGCUCAUCGUCGAGAACCCGAAGAUGGUCGGCUUGAAGGCGCUCCGACUGGAGCUGCUGCACCACGCGGAGAAGGCCGCGUCGAACAAAGGGGAGGCGGCGUCGACCGUGGCCCGUGGCUUCGGAACCGCCAUUGCUCUGGGUGGGGAGGAGGAGCACGAGAGGGAGGACGUCGAGGGGGGCGGGGAGCACGACGGUGGCUCGGAAGAAGAGGAGGACGUGGAGCGUGAGGAGGACGACGUGGCUGUCACCGGCGAAGAGGAGGCAGUACAGUUCGCCGGUGAGAAGGUUGCGGAUAAGAGCGGCGGCAGCGGACCCAAUUUGGGCAAGAAGGCCCGGGGCAGCAGUGGCUCGACCCCGACUAGGAUGGCGUCAAAGGCGGCUAUCGAGCGUCUGAAGGCGGCGGAGAGGGAGAUCAAGAAGUUGAGGGAGGAGAAGCUGGUGGCGGAAAAGAGGCUGGAGUUCCAGACGGCCCGGAACGACACGAUGUACGGCGUGGUCACCUCGGCCGUGAACAAGCUCACUACAGUCGCCGAGGGCGUGACCCAUCUCGAGCAGACGUCGGGGAGGAGCAUCCAAACGGCGGUGGAUGCUAUGAGGGCGGUCGUGCAGGAGGCGGUGAGCUAUUGCGACUCCACCCUAGAAUUCAUGAACACGCAGUGGCUGCCCACCGUGCAGGCCCUGCACUUGACGGCUACUGCUGCACAGGGUAGGCGACGGGAGGACGGCCUCCUGCUGCUUCGAGGUGUGGCAGAUGCUCUUGGCCAGAAGAUCAAAACAGUCGUGUCUGCCGAGGUGAAGGCCGCCAUGGAGGGCGAGGCGCAGCGGAUCGCCGCUGCCGUGACUGCGAAGGUCGUCCAAGAGCUUAGGGACGACCUGGUGAAGGCGGUCACCUCCGCGACCCAACAGGGCAUUGGCACCGCCGGGUUUAGCCUCCUCCCAACUGCUCUCGCGUCGGUGAUGCACGGCGGUCGCGCAACCGCCGAGGAGAGUGGGCCGGCCCCAAGGCAGUCGGGGAAAAGGGUCGCCGACGAAAAAUCCCUGACCGACGACCAGACCAGCGGGUCUAAGCGAAGCAGAGGACCUGCGGUGAAACGCGGUGUGGGCGUGGAUCCUCCUGCCCCUCCGUAUGUUCUCAGUCAAAAGCCAUCGUUCGACGAGUAUCUGAAAUGGCUCGAGGAUCAGGGUCAGAAAACCCCGGUAAUUCCUCCGACUCACAGCAACCAAGCGGUCGACCAAGGAGCAGAGGCAGCGAACGUCGCGGCGGCGACUGCAGGGCCGAGUGGCUCAAUGGUGGAGGCGGCCGUGUGGAGAGCGGCGGAAGAGGCCGGCGGGGUGGACGAAGAGAUCCUCGCCAGCAUCGUGAUGCCGGACCCGGAAAUUGAGGUCAUGCGGGAAAAACUACAAGCAGCAGCUCCCACCGUGGGAGCGCAACAGGGUGCACCAGCCGCCUCGACUGCUCCUGCGGAGGACCAUAGCGCGGCUGGCGCCAAAUCCCCCCCGGCCACAACCGAUGAGGUCGGCGAUGGGAAGCAGAAGCGCAAGGGCAAGGACAAGGCGAAGGGCGGCCCGGCGAAGGUCGGCUCUUCCAAGGGGACGUCCAAAGCGGCCGCGCAGGGUCGGAAGGGUUCAGGCGUCCGCGUUGACCCUUCAAAUGGGCUGGCCAUCUCGGAGAUGAAGUUUGGGAAGAAGAGCCAUUACAUCUGCCGGUCGAUGGACAAGUCCGAGGCCGCCUACUGCAUCGCUGUCGCCGUUUCGUCAUUCGACGGCUUCGUCAGCGACGUGGUUCUCGAGGAGUUCGGUGGGGUCAAGGAGGAAGUGAUGGCGCAGUAUAAGGCGGACUGGAAUGUGGCGCGAUUGAUUCCGGGGGGCAUGUGGAUGGUCAUGUGGAGCCGAGGGGCGAACGUCUUCCGCGACAGGUUCCAACAGGUGGUCGCGGAAUACAACAAGAUAACCGGAGCCAACCGCGCAGCUCUCAUGUUGGCUCUUCGCCCGGCGGUGUGGUUCGGCGACCUUCCGGAGUCGACCGAGCCGGAGAAGGUCGCGAAGAAGAAGGUGGCGAGCGACAUGAUCGCACGCGUUUCGAUGUGUGCCGCCUUCGCAUCGGUGGCCGCGAAAGUGACGCCCAUUCCGGGCGUCGGGUCGGAGCGGUUGUCCGAGAUCCUCGCCGGUACUGCGGCCGCGGUGUGGUGUUUUUUGGAGACCAAUGCCACGGCGGAAGUAGCGGCCGGCGAAGGGGGGGCGGCAGCGACCAUGCGCGGAGCGUCCAACGAGUUCGCGAGUCGGUGUCGGACCGUCAUCGAGGCGGUGCUUCAGCGGGCGGCCUCCCGGGUGGUCGUCGUAGGGGAGGUCGCCGAAACGGUGACGAAGGACCUGCAGGCGGCUGUGGUGAGGUCGCUGCCUGAGGUCGGAGAGGAGCGCGAGCACGACGAGCUGAUCGCCCGAGUCAUGAUAGAGAACCUCGCCUUCUGGGGGGACUGCAAUGUCGGAGGCCUGAAGCUCAAGGCUCGCGGCGUCGAUUUGCCUAUCGACCCCUAG